AUGUCUCUCACAAAUGAACUCCAACACCUUAGGAUUGGACUUGAAGCUAUAAAAUUGGCCACCAACAACUUUGGUGGCGGAAACUACAUUGGGAGAGGUGGAUUUGGUAGGGUGUACAAAGGAGAACUUGUCCAUUCUGAGGGGCUGACCAUGGUAGCUGUAAAACGCCUAGAUGGUGCGUUUGGUCAAGGAGACACAGAGUUUCAGAAGGAGAUCAUGAUGCUUUUCCUUUACGAACAUGAAAAUAUUAUCUCUCUCUUGGGUUUUUGUGAUGAGCGUGGUGAGAAAAUAUUAGUGUAUGAGUAUGCGCCUAAUAAAAGUCUGGACUUGUCCCUAAAUAGCACUGAUCUCACAUGGAUUCAACGCCUCAAGAUAUGUGUUGGGGCUGCUCGUGGAUUAGAGUAUUUACAUGAUCCAAAGGGCUCACAACAGAGACUCUUACAUCGUGAUAUUAAGAGUUCCAACAUCUUGUUGGAUGAAAACUGGAAAGCCAAGAUUUCAGAUUUUGGUCUUUCCAAACUUGGCCCCGCAAACCAACAGUACACAUUUCUUGUGUCCCACGCACUGGGCACCCCGGGAUAUUGCGAUCCUUUAUAUGCAACAAUGGGACUUUUAACAAAAGAAUCUGAUGUUUACUCUUUUGGUGUUGUGUUAUUUGAAGUCUUGUGUGGAAGGUUGUGCAUCAAGGACAAAGAUGAGCGUCAAGCCUUUGUAGAACUGGCACAACAAAGCUUUGAACAAAACACACUCAACGGAAUUAUUUUUGAUCACAUAAAGGAACAAAUAAACCCAGAUUCGUUGAAAGUGUUUGCGUCAAUAGCAUAUAAGUGUUUAAAAAUAGAUCGUAAAGAACGGCCGACGAUGACUCAGAUUGUGAAAGAACUUGAAAGUGCAAUUGAAACCCAACUAGCACCAGAUUACAAUAAGGGGAAGAUGCUACAUGGGUGUGAGCACUAUAAGAGGCGUUGCAAACUCCUUGCUCCUUGCUGUAACGAGUUAUUCACCUGCCACCACUGCCACAACAAAUACACAAGCUCAUUAAAUGACCCGAAUAGAAGGCAUAAAAUGGUCUUGAAAGAUGUUACUCAAGUUGAAUGUUUGCUUUGUAACACCAAACAACAGGUCUCUCAGAUUUGUAUUAAAUGUGGGGUUAAAAUGGGUGAAUACUUCUGCGCAAUUUGCAAGUUGUAUGAUGAUGAUAUAUCAAAGCAGCAGUUUCAUUGUUAUGAUUGUGGCAUAUGCAGACUUGGCGGUCGUGAAAACUUUUAUCAUUGCCAGAACUGUGGAGGUUGCCUUAGUGUAGAGCUGCGAGGUUUUCAUGUUUGUUCAGAGAACGCUAUUAAAAACGACUGCCCCAUAUGUCAUGAGUAUCUCUUUGAUUCAGUUAAGCCUAUUGCAGCUAUGUACUGUGGUCAUAUAGUGCAUUUGGGUUGCUAUUCGAAGAUGAGAAGAAAAAAUCAAUCCCCAUGUCUCAUCUGCUCAAAGUCCUCAUUUUCUAGACAAGUGUUAGAGAUCUUGUAUAUUGUAUUACUUAUAUACGUGGUUGCUAUAUAUUAACUUACUAACUGUGUGUGGGUAGUAGAA